AUGACAGUAAAUGAUAUUAUUGUAGUAGCAAAAUUUGAUUAUCGUGCUCAAGAACAACGUGAAUUAACAAUAAAAAAACAUGAACGAUUAUUAUUAUUAGAUGAUUCGACUCAAUGGUGGAAAGUUAAACGAGUUGAAUCUGAAGAAAAUGGUUAUAUCCCGUCCAAUUAUGCUCGUCGUGAAAAACGUUCUCUAUUAGAUAAAAUUAUUUCAAAACGAUCAAAAAAACCGUUUGUACAUGGAAAUAUUCAUCAAUUACCUAACAACACUGUUCUUCUGUCUGAUCGAGUAUUGUCUGUUGCUCAAGUAAAGUUUAAUUAUAAUGCUGGAAGUGAGGAUGAAAUUAGCUUAUCAAAAGGUCUACGGGUAAAUGUUUUGCAAAAGAAAACCGAUGGUUGGUGGUUUAUUCAAUAUAAUCAACAGCGAGGAUGGUAUCCGUCAACAUAUCUAAUAGAAACGUCUACAGAUAACUGUAACGGUUUAUCGUUAUUAAAUCAAAUUCAACAAUCAUCAAAUUUAGCAACUAUAAAUUCACCAUCAUCUUCAUCAACCGGUUUAUCUAGUUCAAGUAGUGCUAAUUCGAAUAUGGCAGCAACGACAGAUGAACAUCCAACUAAUCAUCAUUUUAUGAAUGAUCAUCGACAUAAUUCACAUCCGAGCAACAGUACGAAUAACAAUACAAUAUCGAAUGAUUACUCUUUUGUUAUUAAACCGUCUAAAAUAAAUCAUUCUUACGCACAUUCCGACGGUACACUUGAUUCAUGUUGUCUAUGUAAUCAAGACCGUGAACAAUCAACAACACUAACAACCACUAUAACAUCACCAAAAAUAAAUGGACAACAAAAAAAUAGUUCAUGGUGUGCCUUGUUACAUCAUACAAAUAAUGAAUCAACAACGAAUAAUCCAUUAAUAAGUGUAAAUUCUUUAGGUAGUGAUCAAGGUAGUUCGGCCGUCUCUUCAUUAACAAAUGGUAGUGAUCCAAUGCAAUCAUUAGAUGGUGUAUUACAGUCAUUAACAUUAGGACCUAAUCACAAUCAUUGUCAACAACAUAAUCACAAUAUUAUUGAUUCUUUACUUGGUGAAGAAUUAUGGUAUUAUGGAAUGAUUGGACGAGAAGAUACUGAAAAAUUAUUAAAAACAUAUGGAAAUGAUGGUGAUUUUUUGAUACGUGACAGUGAAAGAAGAACUGGCAAUUAUUCAUUAAGUUUAAAAGCUGAUAAUCGUAUAAGGCAUUUUCGUAUUGAAAAUUUAGACAACCAUUUUGUUAUUGGUAAACGUUCAUUUGUAUCAUUACAAGAAUUAAUUGAACAUUACAAAUCUCAUCCGAUUUAUGAUGGUGAAGGAAUUAAAUUGUAUUUAUGUAAACCAUUAAAUGUUGUUGUCAAUCGAUGA